AUCAACGGCCCAUAACUUUCAUCACACCCUAUAUAUUUCACAAAACCCUAAUCCACACACCUCUCACACCAUCUCCAUUUUUGCAGCUAGUGGCGCAACAAGCCCUCUCACUUCUCUUUCUAGGGUUUUUGUUUCAUUUAGCGAAAAUGGUUCUUCCAAAUGAUGUUGAUUUGUUGAACCCACCAGUAGAGCUUGAAAAGAAGAAGCACAAGCUUAAACGUCUUGUACAAUCUCCUAACUCUUUCUUUAUGGAUGUUAAGUGCCAAGGCUGCUUUAACAUAACAACUGUGUUCAGCCAUUCUCAGACUGUGGUCGUCUGCGGAAACUGCCAGACUGUGUUGUGCCAGCCUACUGGUGGUCGUGCUAGACUUACCGAGGGUUGUUCUUUCAGGAGAAAGGGAGAUUAGAGAAAAUUGUAAUCGCUUUAGAUUGAACUGAACCUUAAAAUGGGAAUUUUGGUGCAGUACUCUAUUUUCUUAUUUAAUAUUUAGUCUUAAUUAAGAACAAGUGUUUUUGAGUCUGCUAUGACUUGAUUAUGUUUUGGUUAAUUUUGUUACCCCUUUUUUUGGAAUUGGAUUGUACUAUUAUGUUAUUUCUAUAAUGUGUUCGUUCCCUGAGGUUA